AUGCAGGGCAACUCUGGAGGAAAUUUGGUGAGCGGGGACAAUGAGGAGGAGGAGGUAUCCCAGGCCCCCUCGCAGCCAGACAGCAUGCAUGAGUUUGCAGACCUUACUAGCUCGACAGGCGGCGCAAAGUCCCAGCUCGCCAAAAGCGGAGCAGAAAGCUGCGACGUCGACGUCUUGCAGGGAAAUGGCAAUGGGAUCAUCGGGUAUGAUAUCAAAUCUCAUGUGGACGGGGCCGCUGGCGGGCUGGCGGCGAGCAAUCCAGUGACUGAUGGACCCUGGCCUUGUGCAGAGGUCGGCGUGGCUAAAACAGCGCUGGCCCCGGAGCCUCUCACGUCCCAUUCAGCAUUCAGGGUUUCACAUGUGUCCCCAUCCACUGCGGAUGAGGCUACCGUCAACCCUUCCUCUGAUUGGUUGACAACACAGAGCGCUACCUCAGCUGAAAGAAUGGGCGCCAAAGACUCGGAGUACAACAGCACAAAAUCCUACCAUAACUAUGCCUGCACUAGUUUCAGCGCUGACACGUGUGAUGAUGAUUGUUUUAAACUCGGCACAAGCCCCUUAGAAAAAGUCAACUCGGACUCUCUUUCCAUUAUCCCCAAGCUCAGUGGAGAGCCGUGUGGUGAACUCAUUAACCCCACAACAGCAGACAGUGAUAGCGGAGAUUUCGCUAAAUCGCAAGCACAACGCUUAAAAAGCAGCCACGGCUCCUCCGAGACUGGUCACAGCCACGCACGCAUCUCGCUCAUCCAGACGGGGGGCAGCUGUAGGGUCACACGUGAGGGGGAGAGAGGUGCCUUGGAUUUGGGACACGGGGAUAAGGAUGUGCCAAGUGUCAAAUCUAGGCGGAGCGUGAGCGAGAGCGUGUGUUGCUGCUAUAGGACGGUGCAGAGGGGCUUUCUGCAGUGUGUAGAGGAGACCCCAGCGAUGCUGACCGGACUGCUGCUGGCCAUGGGCUUCUGCAUUACCAUCAUCAUCCUCAUACCCACCACCGGCAGGAACAUUACCAUCCACGUGGGUGCGCUGUCGGUGGUGUGCGUGGUGCUGAGCCUGGGCACCGCCCUCCUCGUCUGUCUGCCCUGGCUGGCCACGGUGAGGCGAUGUGGAGGAGCCCUAGCGCUGUUUGUCUGGGGGACGCUCUAUAUCACCUCCAUAGUCUUCAUCUUCACAGGAGGACCGAUCUCUGCCUGGGAGCAGGUGGCGUUUUUCCUUUUCCUCUCUGUGAGUGUAUACACGGUGCUGCCUCUCUCCCUGGGCUGGGCCCUUAUGGUGGGGAUAGGCACCAGUUUGUCUCACAUCAUCAUCAUCAGCGUCUACGUCCCCGUCACGAGCCCGCAGACUCCAGACCUGGCCGUCCAGCUGGUGGCCAAUGCAGUUUUAUUGUUAUGUGUGAACUGCGUUGGGCUGUUUCACCUGUGGAUGACUGAGCAUGCUCGCAGGAUAUCCAACCAGAAGAAAGAGGAGUUCAGCACCAUGCGGUCCCAGAAAGAGAUAAAGAAGUACCAACAAGAAAAGCUCCUGCUGUCGGUGUUACCCAAGUACAUCGCCGUGGAGCUGAAAACGGAGGUGAUAAAGAGGCUGUCCAAGCCCAAGGGCAUCGAGGAGAACGAGCCCAGCUUCCACAACUUUCACAGCCUCUACAUACGGCAGCACAAAGACGUCAGCAUCUUGUAUGCAGACAUUGUCGGCUUCACCAAGCUGGCCAGCACCUGCACCCCCGAGGAGCUGGUGGCCGUGCUGAACAAGCUCUUUGGCAGGUUUGACGACAUCGCCAAGAGGAAUGAGUGUCUGCGCAUUAAGAUCCUGGGAGACUGCUACUACUGUGUGUCUGGCCUGCCGGACCCUAUCCCCACCCACGCCAGGAACUGUGUUCAGAUGGGACUGGACAUGUGCACUGCCAUUAACAAACUGCGUGAGGCCACUGGCGUUGACAUCAGCAUGCGGGUGGGCGUUCACACCGGCAACGUGCUCUGUGGCGUGAUUGGCUUGCAGAAGUGGCAGUAUGACGUGUGGUCACAUGACGUGACCUUGGCCAAUCACAUGGAGUCUGGAGGACUUCCUGGGAGAGUCCACAUCACAGAGGAGACACUGCAGCAUUUGAAUGGCGCGUAUCAAGUAGAGAAUGGAAAUGGGGGGACCCGGGACGCUCUUCUCAAGAGCAGGAAAACCUACUUGGUGAUAGACCCCAAUAAGAAACACAGUCUUACAAAGAGGCCAAAAAACACGCUGGCAUCAAGUGAGAGCAGGCAGCGGGCGUCGGUCCGCAUGUCGCAGUACCUGCAGUCCUGGCAGACCAUCCACCCCUUCGCUGACCUCAGCAACCCAGAGGCCACACCCUCCACCCAUUUGGUGCUGGAUGAUGGAGUUCGGGGGUCCCUGGACACACUGGAGGCUGCAGGGAGGAGAGCAAAGAAACUCAACUGGCUGACGCUGUUGUUCAAUGACCUGAGUCUGGAAAAACAGUUUCGGCUGUCAGAGGUGACAGGUUUACACCAGUCAAUGAGCUGCUUGACUCUGAUAUUCGUCACUCUUUUCACCGUCCAGAUGCUCGUCUCAGAAAAGAACUUUGAAAUGGCCGUGUCCUACGGCGUGACCUUCCCCGUGCUGGUGCUGUUUCUGUCCAUCAUCUGGACCGGGUACCUGGAGAGGUGGCGCUCUAAAAUGCCUUUGAGUGUCCAGUGGAUAUCGGGGCUGUCGCGCGGUGUCACCACCAGGGCGGCGCUGCGGCUCCUUGUGGUCAGCCUCUGUGUGCUCAUCACCCUGCUCAUGGCCAUCCUGAACUUUUUCUUCAUCCCAGGAAACAACUGCACCUCCAUCUCCACCAACAGGACGGAGCUGGAGGCUCUGAAACUUUACACUGUUCCUUACUACCUGUACUGCUGCCUGCUGGCCAUGCUGGGGGUGGUGGUGUUCGUCAGGACGUGUAUGUCAGGUAAAGCGCUCCUGCUGACCCUGGCUGUGGUGGUUUACCUGGUCCUCUUCCUUCACGUCUACGCCCAGAGGUCCGAAUGCCUCAUCAGCCUGCUCUACAGCGACACCAAGCCUGGUGUCCUCAAGGAUCCUAAGAUCAUGGCAGGAGUUUGGCUGUUUAUCUUCUAUUUCACGUGUCUUAUCCUGGUUAGACAGGAUGAGCUGGGUUGCCGUGCGGAGUUCCUGCUGGAGCGUUGUUUCCAGUUGGAGAGAGAUGAGAUGGAGACUGUGGAAAACGUCAACAAGCUCCUCCUCCAGAAUGUCCUGCCCCUCCACGUGGCCUGCUUCUUCAUGGGCAAAACCAUACGCAAUCAGGACCUGUACAGCCGGUCAUGUGACUGCGUGUGUGUGAUGUUCGCCUCGGUGCCGCAGUUCAAGGAGUUUUACAGCGAGAGCAGCGCCAACAGAGAUGGCCUGGAGUGUCUGCGCUUCCUCAACGAGAUCAUCGCCGACUUCGACGAGCUUCUGUCCAAGCCGAAGUUCAGUGGGGUGGAGAAGAUUAAGACUAUUGGCAGUACGUACAUGGCAGCCGCAGGACUGACCAAUCCAACAGCAGUGGAUGGACGAAAGGACUAUGAGAUGUCCUACAGUCAGGUGCGCAGCAUGGUGGACUUCGCCAUUGCACUAAUGAGCAAACUGGAAAUCAUCAACACACACUCCUUCAACAGCUUCAAACUCAGGAUUGGAAUAAACCAUGGGCCCGUGAUUGCGGGGGUGAUUGGAGCACACAAACCUCAGUACGACAUCUGGGGGAACUCUGUCAACGUGGCCAGCAGGAUGGACAGCACAGGAGUCCUGGACAAGAUACAGGUGACAGAAGAGACGGCUCAGGUGAUCCAAAGUCUAGGGUACAGUGUCACCCACAGAGGAGUGAUCACCGUGAAGGGAAAAGGAGAGCUCACCACCUACUUCAUAAACACAGACCAUUCAUCUCCACAGUUCUGACCUCCU